CGGACAGGCGCUCGCCUUUGACGUGUGGAAGCUAGACUGGAGAACAAGAGGAGCAGCUGGAGGUGAAGUCAACAAAUGAACCAAGACAACCAUGAAGACCGUCCGGAUUCAAAUGAGGUGCCGCUGUCGGAACAAUACCGUAUACGAAUCCUGAUAGCGAAAUGCUACGAAGACGGAAUCUUCCCGGAGAAUCUGAAACAUGGGGAAUUCGUCGUGGAAAACGGUGUACGAGUCUUCAAGGUGAACGCGCAGAUGGACAGACUAACAACGACAUGGCUUAAAGAGCGCACGGUAACGGUGAUAUUCCGGGGAGAGGCGAGAGACUUACCGGCCAAAACAAGAGAAGACCUCAUCCGCGCAUACGAGAAUGGAUGGUUUUGUAAGACCUUCACCAGAGGUUUCAAGAGAGGGAGAGUGCAUGGGGAAGGACCGAACGUAAUGUCAUAUGUGGCCAAGGCAAGAGAAAUCGCGCAGUGGUUGAUUGCCAAGGCAGAUGACGUGGUGGUUAUUAGAGGCGUGGAAUAUCGCAUGUUAUUUAAACCAUGGAUGACCAGGGCAGAAUUGAAGGCACAGAGGAGACAGGAAGAUGAGACGAAGUUCUGGGUGGUAGCGCUGAGAGUACCACUAAGUGCAAUGUUUCAUGUUGGCGACCUAGUAGCUCAAUCUAUGGGACCCAUCAUCCAUCGUCAUCCACCGGAGUCAGACCCUUCACGACCAAAGUUGAUGAAUCUGAAGUUCGACCUAGCAAGAGAUGCCGAAGAAAGGUUCGAAGCCAUACUUCUGAUGAUGCUGGAGGAUGGGGAGAGGUACGAGGUACAAUUUGUAUGUAAAUCAACACCAUGGUGUAAUCGGUGUCGUUGGUGGUUCCACACGGAAAACGAGGGUUGUCCAAGAGAAGGGGAGGCAGAGGAGAACGAGAGGGACGCGAGGGGCAACACGAAUCGAAGACCUCAACGCGGAGAUGUAGUUUUCCAACGUGAUAUGCGAGAGGCGGUCAGGGAGCCAGGUAUGGAUAGUGUUGGAAGGGAGGGGACGAGUGAAGCAGGAGGAAGAGGACAAAUACAGGAGAGUUCGGGCUUGGCACGAUCAGGGGAACGAGGCCAUCACCACCAAGAAAGAGAACAACAACCGAGGGUCGGUGUAAAUCUCCAGAGAAGGGAACCCGCCUGCCGAGGGGGGUCACCCAUACCUAACAGCUAUGGAAUACAACCCGAUGUGGCAGCAACCACAGGCAACCGGUAAUAUGCAUGGGCGAUGUACCAACACAGGUCUACCAGGAUAUCAAUUCUUUCCGCAGUUAUUGGGACCCAUGCUUGCAAACCUGGGAGUCGGCAAUAACUGGGGCUCAAGACCUGGGGUGGAGCGACCGAUACCGACAAGAGGAGGGAGAAGGAUGGAAGAACGAGUAGUCAUGGAAGACGGAGUCCAUAGCGUCCCAACAAAAGAAGACCGGACGA